AUGUGUUCAUCUCCUUCUCCAUCACAGAAAAUCAAACAUGCUUUGGCUUCAGCUGAGUCAACUCGGGAAGAGGGCUUCUUCUCCCCAUUGAAUCCGAUUUGUGCCGAUGCGCUUGCAUGUUCCAUGGCCAGACUCUGCUUAACCACCGCCCAUCCGCUAAUUCCACCCAACUCCUCCACCAGGCUGUGUUGCCACUGUUGUGGACAAUUCCUUCAUCGUCACACUUCCACUUCUCUUCAAGAUGCGAAGGAGAAAUUGAUUUCAGCAGCAAAAAUACCCUCUCAACUACUACGAGAGCCAGACCUGAUGGAGAUAAUCCUGUGGCAACUCAAGGAUCAUUUGUGCGACCUAAUGAUGGACCAACAUUGCAUGUUUUCAAUUCUCACUAUUUUUCAAGCUAGCAGUACCCACCACAUCACCCAGAUUCUUGACUUGGCUAUUCAAAACGAGGACAAGCUUAAGGAAGUGUGCAUGCAUACUCAUGGGAGUGUGGUUAUCCAGAAGUUGUUGGAGCAUCUGAAGACUCCGGUGCAGAUAUGUGAAGCUAUGUUCGCUAUGAAGCGGAUGAGUGUGAGAUUGAGUAAGAACAUGAAUGGAGGUCAUGUCAUUUACCACUGCUUCAAUCUUUUCUCCCCUGCGCUUACAAGGGUAAGCCACCCUCCAUCCAUUCUUCUUCCUUCUGUUACUCCCAAAUUUCAUAUUUACUUCCCAGACUCUCUGUCAUUCUCGUACCUUGUUUUGCAUCUUUCUCCCUCUCAGUUUAUUAUAGAUGAAGUAGCAGAGAACUGUGUUGAAAUUGCAACAGACAAAAGUGGAUGUGCUGUUCUUCAAACAUGUCUUCAUCAUGCAAAAGACAAUACUAUGAAGCGCCUGCUCGAAGAAAUAGUCUCACAUUACGUUGUUAAAAUGAAGAUACCUGAUAUUAAUCAAGAGAUAAUGUUAAAACUUCAAGGUAGAUAUGCUCAAUUAUCUAUGAACAAGCAUGCCAGCAAUGUGGUGGAACACCUCUUGGAAUUCUCAGAAGAGAAGGAUGCUGUUAUUAUUAUUCAGGAGCUAAUGCAGAAUCAGAAUAUUUUGUGCAUCAUGCAGGAUCCUUAUGGGAAUUAUGUUGUUCAAAGAGCGCUGCAAAAUUGCAAGGUUACACAACUCAACAUUUAUCCUUUUUGCAAUAGUGAAUCGAUGCAGUUGGCUGGUUGCAUUAAGUAA